ACCAGUAGGAUUUAAUCCCGACCAUUUUUCAAACGGUACUUAGAAAUAAUGAUUCCUGUCAUCAUAGUUUCGAUGAGAAGAAGAUUUUACUACAUGAAGUAUAAAUUUCAGAGAGCAGGCCGCCUCUGGAAAGGGAUUAUCUUGGCAUCCCUUGGAGUAUUACUGUGGAUUUGGGUGUGGAAUUCAUCCAAAUCAUCAUCCGAAUCACCAUCCUCUUUUGAUCAACCAAUAUCACCUGGCAUGAAAUUUUCAAGCAGAUUACAGCAAUUAAUUUCACACUAUUGUAACUUUCCAAUGCGUACUGCUGGUGCAGAGGGAUUGCUAAACCUGGAGAGCCAUCUUGACAAGCAACGCUUUCGACUAGAAAUGACGCAGGUACUUAUUCGGCAUGGAGACAGAUCCCCUGCUGUAUAUAUCCCACACAUGGACAAUGGGAACUAUGAUUUUGAUUGUACAUUCAAAAGUUCUGAUUAUAACAACAAGAAAAUGUUUGAAGAAUAUUCACAAUCAACAAGACACAUUAUCCCACGUGAAUUUGUUAGAAACGCAAGGACAAACUUUCACCUGGUCCCAACACCAGGAAGCCGUUGCCGAAUUGGUCAACUUACACAGAGAGGUUUUCUUCAGCAUUUUGCUCUUGGAAAACACAUGAGAACGGCUUACAAAACCUUGAUAGAUUCAGGUAUUAAGACUAGCAAUCUCCAUGUGCGAUCCACCCAGGUAACAAGAUGUGUACAAAGUGCAGCUGCCUUUCUUUAUGGCUUGUUAACAAAGGAUGUUAUUAUGAAUGAAAGGGUUACCGUCAACAUUACGUCAAAUGGUUGGUUCCAAGAAGAUGACAAUGGAAUUCCUUAUAAGUGUCCAUCAUUGGGGAGUCGUUGGGCUCAGUAGAAACAGAGAAGUGACUACAUCUCAGGCUCUGUGGCAAUUGAACCAGUGAUGCAGGAGUUUUCACGGCUGUUGGGGACUUCAAGGCCAUCCCUAACAACCAUUGUAUAUUUGGCUGAUGCAAUAUACACUCGUUACUGCCAUAACCUCCCCCUUCCUUGUGGGCCUGGAGGCUGUGUAACACCAUCAUUAGCAGCCCGGGCAAUGGAUUCUGCUCUGUGGGCUCUUGCACAGAAUUACACUGGAAUAGCUGAUGUGGCCUCUAAUCCAAUGUUGAUUCAGAUGGCAAAAAGAAUGAUUGACAAGACUCAACAAAAAUCUGCUCUUAAAUUUGUUCUGUACAGUGGUCAUGACACUACUGUAACACCACUUCUGAUAAAUCUUGGAGUUCAUGAUGAAACAAGAUGGACUCCAUAUGCUACUCGUGUGGUAUUUGAACUGUGGAGGGACAUUCUUGCUGACACGUCAGAGCAGAAAGACUCUGCAGAUGGUUUUUAUUUCCGAGUUCUUGUUAAUGGAGAGGUAGUCACUAACAAAAUGAAAUUUUGUGGCGAUUCAUUGCUUGAGGAUGAGCUUUGUCCUGUGAGGGAAUUAAUUUCAUGGCUUUCUGAUGGUAAAGGUUUGGAAGAAAUGGAUAAGAAAUACAUGUCACUUUGUUCAACAACUUGAUUCUAGCCAAUGUAAAUAUACACAUUUUUUUAUUUAUUUA